AUGCCUCUUAAGACUCGUACAGAGAGAGAGAGAGAGAGAGCUAGGGAGAAAAACGAGAGGGAGAGAGAGAGAGAGAGAGAGGAAGGGAGAGGAAGCUGCAAAGGCAAGUGA